GGGAGUCGGGAGGCUUGGGAGACAAGUGCACCAACCCUGAGCCGUCCGGAGGCGAAGGGUUAACGUAGCAGGCCGCAAAUUCGCCGCCGCGCCGCUAGGGGGCGACGCCCUGCAACCCCUGUGGUCACGUGAUAGGGAGGGCGGGACCAAUCGCCAGACUGGCCAAUAGGAAUCGGGAGCGGGGUCCCGGGACUAGAAGAAACGGCGGCCGGGUGGGGGCUACGGGAUCAUGGGGCUUCUGACCAUUCUGAAGAAGAUGAAGCAGAAAGAACGAGAGCUGCGGCUGCUCAUGCUUGGCUUGGACAAUGCUGGCAAAACAACCAUCCUCAAGAAGUUCAACGGGGAAGAUGUGGACACCAUCUCCCCGACCCUGGGCUUCAACAUCAAGACCCUGGAGCACCGGGGAUUCAAGCUGAACAUCUGGGAUGUGGGUGGCCAGAAGUCUCUGCGCUCCUAUUGGCGGAACUACUUUGAGAGCACGGAUGGGCUCAUCUGGGUGGUGGACAGUGCUGACCGCCAGCGCAUGCAGGACUGCCAGCGCGAGCUGCAGAGUCUGCUAGUGGAGGAGCGCCUGGCUGGAGCAACCCUCCUCAUCUUUGCCAACAAGCAGGACCUGCCUGGAGCACUGUCCUCUAAUGCUAUUCAGGAGGCCCUGGAGCUGGCCUCCAUCCGCAGCCACCACUGGCGCAUCCAGGGCUGCAGUGCCGUCACCGGGGAGGACCUGCUGCCUGGCAUCGACUGGCUCCUCGAUGACAUUUCCAGUCGUAUCUUUACUGCUGACUGAGCUUCUUCAGUGUCCUCCAGCUCACUGUCCAGCCCCUGUUCUCAUCAGACACCAGCCGGGAGGGACCAGCACCAGCCGGCCAGACUAACACUCCCACCCCCACCCUGACCUGCUGCUGCUACUGUUGCCCACUGCUGCUCCCCCCAGGCGAGGGCUGUCACCCUGGCUCCCAAAGUGGCCUGCAGCUGUCAUGCCAAAAGGAAAGGCUGGGCUGGGAGGGACUAUGUGCUGCUACCAGGGUCCUGGGUGUCGCCUCUGUCCAGCAGUAAGAAUAAAGUACUCCUUGCCCAGUU